AGUAAACAAUGGCAACGUGACUAGUUUCUUACUUGCCAACCAAUCAACGCGCAUAGUUUUCGCGCUCGUCUUCUAUAAAUUGGGUACAGAAGUUUUAAAAUACACAUUCAGAAAUAUCAGUAUGGAGGAAUGUCUUGCUUGCCAUCAAGAAGUCACUGACGAACAAGAAGCAUUACAGUGCGAUGGGUGCCAGCAAUGGCAGCACAGAACCUGCGGCACGGGAGUGUCUCGCGCCGAAUAUCGUGCUGCUCUGCGCGAAGGUCGACUCGAAUGGGCGUGUAGGGCCUGCCGAGAAGACAUUGGGCUACAUGACAUGUACGCUAAUGACAUUGGCGAGUUCCAGGAACCUGAACAACAUUUGGAGCCGGAAUUGGAGGACGUCUACCCCCCGCCCCAGCCAGAUGCUGAGCCAGCAGACUUUGGGAGACCUGUGCAAUACACCCGUCUCCCAAGAACAAGCAGUCGUGGGCAGGAAACCUUGGUUGACAGUGAUGGUUACCAGUACACUCAGAAGGUAGACAAAAGGCGAUCCAACAUCAACUGGCGCUGUUGUGUACGGAACAAACACACAACGUGCAAGGCAAGCAUAAUCGAGAGAAAUGGCCUGUACAUUAAGGGACUGCAAGGGCACACAUGUGGAGCUAUGCCAGGACGAGAAAAUGUAGCUAAAAUGCGCAGAGGUAUCAAGGUAAAGGCUACAGAAAACCCAUUUACUUCAGCAGCAGAAAUAGUGGAGAACGCGCUGCAAGAAGAUAUUGGAGUUGGCAAUAUUACUGUCCAUCCUACGCUUCCAAAACCAGUUAACCUUUGCCAGCAAGCGAACCGAAAACGCAAGUUAACAAGACCGAAUCAUCCACUGGAUUUACAGUUUGUUUUAGACCAUGAUCACAUUCCUCCAGAUUUCUUUAAGAAGGAUGUCCAUGUCGAUCAACAACGUCAUGUGGUGUUUGCAACCGACCAAAUGUUAACCCUUCUUCGCAGGGCAAGAAAUUGGUACCUUGAUGCCACAUUCAAACUGGUAAAAGAACCGUUCAUGCAGCUUUUCAGCAUUCACAGUUUUGUUAAAUGCAACGAAUGCAUAAAACAAGUGCCGCUUACCUUUGCGAUGAUGUCUUCUCGUCGAAUGGAAGACUAUGUAGCUGUGUUGGAAGCUGUCAUUGAACUACUACCAGAAUAUGCUGUCACUAAAAUCGUUGCCGACUACGAAGCAUCUAUUUGGCAGGCAUGUAGGAGACUCUUUCCGGAUGCAACAAUAGUUGGGUGCUUAUUCCAUUUUACGCAGUGUGUCUUCAGGAAGAUACAAGAAAUCGGCCUGCAACGCGCAUAUGGUAAUGAUGCUGGCACACACGAGUUGUUGAGACAGUUGAUGGCACUGCCAUUGUUGCCUGUGGAGCACAUCACUCCGAUUUUUGACUACCUGCAGCGGAAUGCAGGAGAUGCAGCCCCAGUACGUGAGCUCUUGAUGUACAUGCGGACAACAUGGGUAGAAGGCAAUACCUUCACGCCAACUGAUUGGUCAGUAUUCGCUCAAGCCACACGCACAAACAAUGACUUGGAAGGUUACCACAACCGACUGAACCGCAAAGGUCGACGUGCCAAACUUCAAUUCUAUUUGAUGCUGGAGCUGCUGUACCAGGAAUCCCAGAAUGUUGCCAUCACCGCAGAACUUGUUUAUAGAGAAGACCUGACGAGAGUGCAACAUCUUUCAUCUAAGCGCUCCAGCAUUCUUCUGCAUUUAUGUCCAAGACGUACAAUUACGACAGUGAGCCACUGUACUCCAGUGAUUAUGAAAGUGAAGAAAAGGAAGAAACUGAUGGAGAAAGUGAUGAAGUAAAUGAAG